AUGUGCCUCGGGGCGCUGUGGGUGGCCCUGCCAGUGCUCUCCCUGCUGGCCUGCUCUGGGCAGGGGAAGCCUCUGGAGACCCGGGCCCCGGCGUCGGCCAGGGGAGAUGCCCGAUUGCCAGCGGCCACGGGAGGCGCCUUCGACCUGCGGCUGUUCCUGGAGAACAUGAAGAUGGAUUUCCUGCGCAGCCUCAACCUGAGCGGGGUCCCGGCCCCGGACAGAACCCGAGCAGAGCCGCCGCAGUACAUGAUCGACCUGUACCACAGAUACACCGCCGAUAAGUCGUCCACCCCCGCGUCCAACAUCGUGCGCAGCUUCAGCGUGGAAGAUGCCGUCUCUGUAUCCGCCACAGAAGACUUCCCCUUCCAGAAACACAUCUUGCUUUUCAACAUCUCCAUCCCUAGGCAUGAGCAGAUCACCAGGGCAGAACUCCGGCUCUACAGCUCCUGCCACGGCCACGAGACCCCCUCUCAUGAGCUGAAGGGAAACAUAGCCAUUUAUGAUGUUCUGGGUGGAGCAGACACAGGGGACGCUUCUGCGGGAGCCAAGGCCUUCCUGCUGUCCCAGGACAUCCGGGGCGAGGGCUGGGCGACCUUUGAGAUCUCCAGGGCUGUAAAGCGGUGGGUCAGGGCCGACUCCACCAAGAGCAAAAACAAACUGGAAGUGACCGUGCAGAGCCACAGAAAAGGCUGCCACAGGCUGGAUAUCAGUGUCCCCCCCAGCUCCAGGAACCUGCCCUUCUUCGUUGUCUUCUCCAAUGACCGCAGCAAUGGGACCAAGGAGACCCGGCUGGAGCUCAGGGAGAUGAUCGGCCACGAGCAGGAGAGUGUGCUGAAGAAGUCCACCCACGGCCCAGAGGCGGGUGGGAACAAGGGCGAGGAGGACGUGGAAAGCCACACGGCCACGGGGUCAACCUUAGCCAGACGGAAGAGGAGCGCUGGGGCCAACAACCACUGUCAGAAGACCUCCCUGCGAGUGAACUUCGAGGACAUCGGCUGGGACAGCUGGAUCAUCGCGCCCAAGGAGUACGAUGCCUUCGAGUGUAAAGGAGGCUGCUUCUUCCCCCUGGCCGACGACGUGACCCCGACAAAACACGCCAUCGUGCAGACCCUGGUGCAUCUCAAGUUCCCCAUGAAGGUGGGCAAGGCCUGCUGUGUGCCCACCAAACUGAGCCCCAUCUCUAUCCUCUAUAAGGAUGACAUGGGGGUCCCCACCCUCAAGUACCACUAUGAAGGGAUGAGUGUGGCAGAGUGUGGGUGCAGGUAG